CCAGGGCGGACCCAGCCCCAGGCCCUACAACUAAACCCAAGGCCAGCCGAGAAGCACUACCCCUGGCGGGCUGAGCUGAGCUCUCAUUCUUCUUAGGACUCUGGACCUUUGGAGGAAAUGAAAGGGACCCAGUUGGAAAUAUAGUCUUUCUUCGCGCCCCCUACAUCUCUCUCCCCCGGCGGAAACGCGGCCCUAACUGUUAGGAAGUGGAAGAGGCUGGAUAGCUCUUCAUAAUUAAUCAGGAAUGGGAGGUUUGAGCAGGUUUACUUGAUGAGGGAAACAUUAUAGCCUCGCCCAUUCAUUCAUUAUUUCAACAAUUACUUAUUGAACACCUGCUACGUGGCAGACAGUAAGAGCCUGGAUAGUUUCUCCCCGUUUUUCAAAGUCGCCAAACGCGACCAGAGGGCAGAGGAGAGGCCGGUAACCUAGGAGUCCUGGCUCCGCCCCCUCCGCGUUUGGCCUUGCCUGCUCCUCCCACCACCACUUCGCUCAGAGGCGGCUACUGGCUCAAGAGGACGACAGAAGCCAGUCUCUGAUGCCCACCGCAUUCUCCAGCUUCAGGCCUCAAGCCCUGUAGCCGAGAAGGCGAGGCCUAAUGUUACACCACCGGCUAAGGAGGCGGGUUUGGUGCGUCCACUCCAAGGCCAAAGCGAGAAAAUCUUACUGCGCACGCGCAAUAGACAGCCGAUGGAGCCACCGACGGAGCCGUCCGGAGGGGAGCAAGAGCCCGGGGCCGUCAGGUACCGAGCACCGGAGGGGCCGAGAGGGAAGAGGAACCUGAGGGAGGGGAGCCGAGCCCUGGCUGGGUCUGGGGGCCGCUCUUGGGAGCUGGGGCGCAGGAACAUAACGGAGGCGGACUCGCAGGUAAUAGUGGCCCCGGGACGCCAGUGCCAACGCCCCUUUACUCGCAGGUUCCUGGACCUGCCCUGGGAAGACGUGCUGCUCCCACACGUCCUGAACCGGGUCCCGCUGCGCCAGCUGCUCCGGCUGCAGCGCGUUAGCCGGGCCUUCCGGUCGCUGGUGCAGCUUCACCUGGCUGGGCUGCGUCGCUUCGAUGCCGCGCAGGUGGGUCCGCAGAUCCCGCGGGCCGCAUUGGCCCGGCUGCUGCGGGAUGCCGAGGGGCUGCAGGAGCUGGCACUGGCGCCGUGUCACGAAUGGCUGUCAGACGAGGACCUGGUGCCGGUGCUGGCGCGGAAUCCGCAGCUGCGGAGUGUAGCGCUGGGCGGCUGCGGGCAACUGAGUCGCCGGGCGCUUGGGGCGCUGGCCGAGGGCUGCCCACGCCUGCAGCGCCUGUCGCUCGCGCACUGUGACUGGGUGGACGGGCUGGCGCUGCGCGGCCUCGCUGAUCGCUGCCCGGCCCUGGAGGAGCUGGAUCUCACCGCCUGCCGCCAGCUCAAGGACGAGGCCAUCGUGUACCUGGCGCAGAGGCGCGGCGCUGGUCUCCGCAGCCUCUCUCUGGCCGUCAACGCCAACGUGGGGGACGCCGCGGUUCAAGAGUUGGCUCGGAACUGCCCAGAACUCCAGCACCUUGACCUCACCGGCUGCCUCCGCGUCGGAAGCGACGGUGUCAGGACAUUGGCCGAGUACUGCCCCGUGCUGCGCUCGCUGCGGGUGCGGCACUGCCACCAUGUGGCGGAGUCCAGCCUGAGCCGCUUGCGGAAGCGCGGCGUGGACAUCGACGUGGAGCCGCCGCUGCACCAGGCCCUGGUGCUGCUGCAGGAUAUGGCGGGCUUCGCACCUUUUGUCAACCUGCAGGUCUGACCCGCCUGCCAAUCGGAGCACAGCUGGACUGUGUGGCUGGGGCCUGACACUGAGCUGUAGGGAAACUGAACUGUGGGGACCUCUGGUGAGAGGCCAGUGCCCUGCCCCACCCUGGAGCUUCAAAUAAAGAGCUUUUUACCCCC